AUUGAGAAUGAUGGAUUGUGAACCUUCUUACUUCUUGAAUAUUUUUUUUAGGUUUUUUUUAAAAAAAAAAAAAAAUGUAAAAUCCAAAGCACGUUUUUUUUAGUUAAAUAAACAGCGAUUCUGUGGAGUGGUACGACGUCGUAGGAUCGGAAGUUGUUUAUAACAGUUAAAAAAGUGAGAGGGAAAAGUGGAGAAGCGAUUUUCUUCAUCAUCUUCUCCAAUCCAAUGCAAGCUUAUUCGUUCCAGUUUCUGAUUCACAAACCCUAAAUGGAUGCGAAAGAUAUCCUUGGUUUACACAAAAACUCAUUCCCAUCUUCUCUUGAAAAAAAAUCUCGACCUCCCAAAGAAUCUCACAGAAAACCAGAUGGCAUUUCACGCGAGGUUUAUGCUCUUACCGGUGGAAUGCCACCUCUUAUGCCUUCCAUUCAUUCAUCCCAAUUGAAGAAAAAACCUCCUCCUCCCGAAAAGGUUACUUGGCAAUGGCUUCCUUUCACCAAUUCUGCUCGUAAAGAUGAUCUUCAUCUGUACCAUUGGGUUCGAGUAGUCAAUGGUGUUCUACCGACUGGGGACUACUCUUUUGCCAAGUAUAACAAGUCUGUUGACAUUAUUAAAUACACAGACGAGGAGUAUGAAAAGUAUUUGACAGAUCCUAUGUGGACCAAAGAGGAAACAAAUGAACUAUUCGAUUUGUGUGAGAGGUUCGAUCUCCGUUUUGUUGUGAUAGCUGAUAGGUUCCCAUCAUCUCGGACUGUAGAGGAGUUAAAGGAUCGAUAUUAUAGUGUGUUGCGGGCUAUAUUACUUGCUAGGGCUGCAUCUUCUGGGGACGUUGCAACACAUCCUGUCAUUAAGGAUCCAUAUAAUGUUUCACAAGAAAUGGAGCGAAAACGGGCACUGUCCAUGGUCCUCUCUCAAACGAGACAACAAGAGAAAAGAGAUGAAGAGGUUCUUAUUGAAGCAAAAAGAAUAGCUGAGUUACGGAUGGCUUCUAAGGUUACUGAACAGUCUCAAUUGGUUGUUGCUUCAAAUGCUGAUGCAGAAGUUACAGAGGGGGCUGUCCCUGGUGAAACUAUAACUCCAUCGAAUGUGCAACUUACACCAUUUACAGAUAAUGCUUCUACUCUAGCUUCUCUUCGCAUGCUUCGUGUAUAUUUGAGAACAUAUGCACUUGACCAAAUGGUGCAAGCAUCAAACUCAUCUGCUGGAGUUCGGACUAUCAAACGAGUUGAGCAAACAUUGCAAGAUCUUGGGGUCAAUUUGAAGCCAAGGGUUCCUACAAAAGCUGUUUGUGCAGAGCAUCUUGAACUAAGAAAAGAAAUACUAACAUGGCUGAAUCUCCAGAAACAGGUGCAAUAUAAAGAGGCUGAAGGUUCAUCUUUCCGUGAUGGGUCCUACAGUGAACCACCAGGCACACCAAAGGAUCGAACAUUUACUCUCGACUCGAUCAAUUUUGGAGUUUCAAGCGAAAGGGUUGUGAAAAAGGACCAAAAACGCAAGGCGCAUGGAACUCCACCUACUGCGGCUCAUAAAAGACCUAGAAAACAAAAGGCCUCAGAUUUUUAAUUCCUGUGGUGCGAUGAGGAAAGGUGUUUCAAUUUGUUUAAUUCAUUUUUAUAUCUGUCUUGUGGAUAUUCAUAUGGAAAAUAUUUAUUAUAUCAGAAAUAUAAAAAUGCAAUUCA